AUGGCAGCAGCUUUAGCCAACAUUUUAUGUCCUACUCCAAUUCACUCAUCUAUGCAAUCAAUUUUCACCCAACACUUAAGACGUUCAAACGCGUCAGUUGAUAGGCAAAAUGCACCCAGACCUUAUAAAUGUAAUAUAUGUUUUAGAGGUUUUUACAGAUUGGAACAUCAAACUCGUCAUAUUCGUACUCAUACUGGAGAAAAACCUCAUCAUUGUGAUUUUCCUGGUUGUGAAAAGAGGUUCUCUAGAUCUGAUGAAUUAACUCGUCAUAGACGUAUUCAUACAAAUACAAAUAAAAAGGAUAAACGCAAACAGCAACAAAAAAUGACCGUUGAAUUCAAAAAUAACAAUGCAUUCCGGUCUAGAAGUAAUAGUAAUAGUUCAAAUGCUAGUUCAUCUAGUACUAGUUCUGCUGGUUCUAUCGAUGGAAAUCCUUCAAUGUUUCAUCCAGUUCAUCCAGUUCAAUUACCUCAAUCAUCUAUCGCUAUCGCUAUUCCUACAAUGGAUUAUCAUCGAGUUCAGGGUAUAAAUUAUCCUGUUGCGCAACAUCCUACAUUAGAAUUUCCUAUAAUUGAUCCAUAUCCUAAACGUAUUCGUUCUAAUGAAAAUAAUGAAUACCAUUUGAUGAGUCCUCCUUUAUCUGCCAUUGUACCUUUUGAUGUUCAGGCUAAUUCACCCCCAACAAUGUGUCAAGAUAAUGGUUCCGAUGAAGAACGCGAAUUCAUGCCUACUCCUGCACACACACCUGAUAUUAGUCCUGAACCAUCACCAACUUUGGUUAAUGACCCGACAGCAUCUCCAAGAGCUAGAGCUUUACCACCUCUUCCAAAUAACAAUAAUGUUAUGCCUACGGUAAAUUCUACAACUGGACCUAUCGGUGUUAACAAUUCUUGUUUUGAAAUUUUCAAUAACAACAACUCGAACUCUUUCGAUUAUGGUCGUCAACAUGUAAAUUUACCAGCUCCUACUACUUUCAGUAGAUAUUACUUUCAGUAG